AUGGCAUACCUUCUUCUCUACGUCGAUGACAUCGUGCUCAUAGCUUCAUCAACCGCCUUCCUGCACCACAUCGUCGAUCGUCUACGAUCUGAGUUCGCGCUCAUAGAUCUCAGGCUAUUACACUUCUUCCUUGGGCUUCAAGUUCAUCGGACUCCGACCAGCUUCUUUCUUCACCAACAGAAGUAUGCACUAGACAUCCUCGAUCGCGCCGGCAUGUCUGCUUCUGCGGCCACGCCAGUCAAUGUCAAGCCCAAACUUUCAGCUUUAGCUGGUAAUCCUGCCCUAGACGCUUCAUUCUACAGAAGCAUUGUGGGCACCCUUCAGUAUCUGACGAUGACCCGCCCGUACCUCGCCUAUGCCAUCAAUCAAGCUUACCUUCAUAUGCACGCGCCUCAUGACGUGCAUUGGGCACUCGUGAAACGCAUCCUUUGGUAUGUGUGUGGGACGGUUCACCGUGGCCUUGUCAUCAUCGGCUCCAAGUCCUCUGACAUCGUGGCCUAUUUCGACGCCGACUGGGCGGGUUGCCUAGACACCCGUUGCUCUACUUCCAGGUAUUGUGUAUUCCUCGGUGACUCACUUGUAUCCUGGUCAAGCAAACGCCAACCCACUGUCUCGCAUUUAAGCGCAGAAGCAGAGUACCAUGGUGUCGCGAACGCGGUUGCCGAAACUUGCUGGCUCCGUCAACUUCUCACCGAGCUCCACUCCGGUGUUGACAAAGCUACCAUUGUCUACUGUGACAAUAUAUCGGCCACCUACCUCGCUUCCAACCCUGUUCCUCAUCGGUGUACCAAGCAUAUCGAACUAGAUGUUCAUUUUGUCCGUGAGAAGGUUGCACUAGGUGAACUGCGCGUCCUCCAUGUUCCAAGUACGCACCAGUUCACCGACAUCAUGACAAAAGGACUACCUACUUUGAUGUUCGACAAUUUCUGCUCUAGCCUCUGCAUCUCUGACGAUGCAACGACUGCGGGGUGCUAUUGA